UCCAGGGCGCAAAAAACAAAAAAAAAAAAAAAAAAAUCUGCCCCUCCUAAAACCCUUGCGGCCAGGCGGUGCGCCGCACGCCCAUGGCGCGGCCGCCGUCUCCCUCACCGGUCGUCCCCGUCAAGCGAGAGCCCGACGGAGCCACCGCCGCGGUCUCGGAUGCCUACACGCCCCGCCCACCGCUGCGGAAGAGGCGCCGCCUCCCGUCCACCCCGACCCAGCCCCUCCUCCUCACGCCGCAGGCCAUGAGCUCGACGCGCGACUCCUUCGCGGGGGAGCGGAGCGGCCUGGCUCCGGCGUCCGUGCCCACCUCCGUGAAGCGCGAACUCGGCGCCGACGGUGACGGCGAUGGCGACGGCGACCGGGACGCCCGCGGGAAGGCGGUCAGCGUGGCGGAGGGCAACCUCCAGCCCCGGAAAACCGCUCUGGCGGAGCUCCCCACCCUCUUGGCCAACCGCCGCCGCCUCGACCGCCUCCUCCACGAGCUCGUCCGCUCGCACCGCUGGGGCGACGCGGCCGGCGUCAUCUCCGCGCUCGUCUCCGGCACACGGCACCCCGAAUCCUUCGAUGAGAUGCGCAGCGUGUUCGCGGUCGGGAUGGAGAUCCAUAGGCGGCUCGCUGAGAACAGCGGCAUCCAACAGAACACCAGGAGUCGCUACUACCUCAGGACGCAAAAGUUGUACGAUGUUUGGAUGCGGAGGCUAAUGUGGUUACCCACUUGUGAAAGAAAAUACAUGGUUAAACUCGAGCUAGCUCUUUUUUAUCUUUCACAAGGUUGUAUCGACAGCGCAUACAACACAACAAAAACUCUUAUUGCUAAGGAUGGACUAAAGACACCAAUUGUAAAUCUUAUACAUGGUCUGAUAUCAUAUGAUAAUUGGUAUUCUGGCCUCCCUGAAGAUAUGCAACUUGAGGAGUUUGAUGUUUACUGUGAAUCACACACAGUUUCAAUGGCAACACAUCACUGUGAUGAAAAUGGUCAGCAGGAUACUUCAGAUGAUAAUUGCAGCAUUGAUGCUGAUUCCAGUUCUCCUGGUUGCUCUUCAAAAAGUUCAAUCAAUAAUUGGAACAUAGACAAGCAAAGAAAGUUUCCCGAGAAACCUGGUUUUGUUCAUUCUGCACGGGAAGAUGAUUCAGUUGGAUCACAGGUGGACGAGAAAAUGGUUGAUACAGAUUUUCGAAGCGUGUUUUUCAAUACCGCCAACAGUCCUACUUGUGGAUUGGAAAAAAGCUUGUUGCCAUUACGGCUAAAGCAUUCUGAUGGGACUCCAAAUGCUUGCUUUGAUUCAUAUUGGAAGUACAAGUCAACACCUAAUGCUUUCUAUGAAGACGCAGAGAAAUGUCUAAGGGUGGCUCUUUAUUCAACACCACCAAUAAUGGCAGCCUUACUGCCAUUAAUACAGAUUCUCUUGCUUGGUGAUAAAUUGAAAGAUGCACUUGCUGAGCUUGAGAAGAUCUGCCACAGUUCAACUACAGCGCUUCCUUUCAGAUUGAGAGGUAGAUUGCUGGAGUAUUUUGACCAAAACCAAGUAUCAAUUAUUUCUUCUUGCUAUGCUGAAGCUUUGAGAAGAGAUCCUACAUGUACCUACUCAAUGGAGAGGCUAACCAGACUGCAUAGAAAAGGCUAUUAUAAUACAAUCGAACUACUUGAGGCAAUAGCUUUACAUCUAGAUUCUGUCAAUGGGAAACCUUGCAUCUGGGAGGAGCUUGUAUCAUGCUUCCUUCGGCUCUUUUCUGAGUGGACUACUGAUUACGGGGAUUGCAUGUCAUGUAACGUGCAAGGAGAUGCAACCUUCACUGCUUCUAGUAAAUUUUCCUGCGUCUUUUUUGAGCAAAAUACAAGAGAAACAUGGAAGGUCCGGUGCACAUGGUGGAUGAACCGCCAUUUCAGCCAAAGUAUUUGUACAUCGGAAACCCUAACAGGUGAUUGCAAACUCCUCGCUUCCAAGGCUGCUUGUGCCUGUCACUUGUUUGGACCCGAGUUCGAGUACGUCGAAGCCGUUGAGGGUUAUCUUUCCGGGCAAAAAGCUGAUGACGAGAUUGCAUUCUUAUCUAGAAAUAUGCAGAACUCUGUAAGACUAUUACAAACGUUGGAGGGGCUAACUUCAUGAUUCAGUUUGUAUACCCUUUUUUUUUCCUCUAUUGCCAUUGUAUGCCGUAGUUCAUGGAUGUUGUUGUAAGUAUAGUUCUGGCACAGUUUUGUACCGGUGCCUCUCAAAAUGAGGCUAAUUUUUGUAGGACGAGAAGGGAUGUAUCAAGUAUAGUGUAGGGGAUUAGUACUGGCGGUGGUCAGCCAUUUGUUAUGGAUGUGGUGAGGAACAAGGAAAAGAAUAUUGAACUUAAAUAUAUUUUAUUUUUAUUGCUUCUCUAUUGGAGAGUAGUAAAUAAAGAAUCAGAGCUAUGCUUGGACA